AUGGCGGAAUUUGAGAAUGAAGACUCUGACGGUAGCGAUUUCGAGGAGUUUCUCGGCUUUGAAGAUGUUGAUGAGGCCGAGUACUCUGAUGACGAAUACGAACCGAUUGACUGGGAAUUAUGGUUGAGGCACAUGUUCGUGAAUGACGACGAGGAAGAAGAAGAUGAUUUAGGAGGGGGGUUUGAGGGUUUCCAGACCAACUGGAAGACGGACAACUACCAUCGAAAUCGACGGAGUGCCUUCAACAGGACACCAGGGGUGAAGCUCGAUUUGCCUCAAGAUGCCACACCGCUACAGGCAUUUGAGAAGAUUUUUAAGGAGGAACUUUGGACACAUCUCGUCACAGAGACGAACAGAUAUAGAGACCAGGUCGAACAAACACCGACCAGAGCGAAGACGGCAAGGUGGUCUCCGGUAACUGUGCCGGAGAUGAAGACCUUUAUUGGUAUCUGUAUGGGAAUGGGGCUGCUUGUGUUGCCGGUGCGAAGAGAUUACUGGCGACAGAGUAAGAAUCUCUUUCGGAUGCAAUUCGCAAGAAAUAUGUCCCGGGACAGAUUUGCGGCCAUCUGGAGGUAUCUACACCUCCAGGACAACCAGGCAGCAGUCAACAGAGAUGACAAGAUGUGGAAAAUGCGCUGGUUCCUAGAUUGCCUCCUGGCUCAAUUCCAGGCACUUUAUGAGGUGGAUGGCAACGUGUCUGUGGAUGAGAGCAUGAUUAAAUUCAAAGGGCGUCUCUCCUUCAGGCAGUACCUCCCCAUGAAGCCUACAAAGUGGGGUAUCAAGGUGUGGGUAAUGGCUGAGAGCGCCACUGGAUAUGUGACCAACUUCCAGGUCUAUGCUGGUCUCUUGGAGGAGAUGAGGACCCAUGCCGCUUGUGGCACUGUUCGUGCCAACCGGAAGGGACUCCCAAAGAGUGAGCUGCUUCGAAAGAAAGCCUCACUCAACAAGCACGAAUACAGGGUCGCUCAGAUGGACGACCUCACAUUUUGCAUUUGGCAGGACACAAAGACGGUCAUGGUGUUGUCCAACCACCAUGACCCAACUGAGACGGGGACCGUAAACAGGAGAAAGGAUGGAGCCAACCGCGUCCCGGUGGUAGUGCCAGCUUGCCUAGCAGACUACCAAAAGUACAUGAAAGGCGUCGAUCUGCUGGAUCAGAUGGUUGGCUACUACGGGUUCCAACAUAGAUCGAAGAAGUGGUGGAGGAGGGUCUUCUUCUUUCUCCUGUCCGUGUCCUGCCACAAUGCCUACAUAGCUGUGAGGGGCUGA